CUCCCCCGAUUUUGCCAUUUUCUGCUUCCAUCAAGUUUCAGCUCCUCUUCCGGGAGGGUGACGACCAUGGCUAGAUUUCUCGCACCACUGAUCUUGGUCCUCAUGCUCAUUUCCAUGCUUCACACAAUGGUCAUGGCUUCUCACGGACAUGGAGGCCACCACUACGAUGACAAGAAGAAAUUUGGACCCGGCAGUCUCAAGAGCUACGAAUGCCCAUCGCAAUGCUCGAGGAGGUGCAAAAAAACACAGUACCACAAAGCGUGCAUGUUGUUCUGUCAAAAGUGCUGCAGGAAAUGCCUGUGCGUGCCUCCUGGCUACUAUGGCAACAAAGCUAUAUGCCCUUGCUACAACAACUGGAAGACCAAGGAAGGAGGACCCAAAUGCCCCUGAACCUUCAUUUCAUUUCAUGUGUGUCCUAACCAAAUCCGUGAUACUCUCGUUUAAUGAUUAUUAAUGAACACUGGCACUCUUUGUCCUAACGACACUGGGUGUACAUGUAAUGUCGUUGCACUGAUAUGUGAUUUCACUUCUAAUGGUUCUCAAACCAAUUCUAUGUGUUAGGCAUAUACUAUGCUUGUACUGUUGUCAUUUGCAAAAAUUAAUUUCUUUUGUGAUAUUAGUGACUAAGGAAUAACAGUGAUGACUUCAGCUUCUUCCAUGGGAUCAAAUUAUGAAUCAAAAGAUGAUGGUGGAUGUGAGUUUUGUACUUUUUUUUAGUUGUUUCUCAUGACUAUUUUUCUAUUGGAGGCAAUCUUAUUUGAGACACUGU